AUGGAAACGCGUUCAGACUACACCGUUACCCUCACACACGCUACCCCUCAACCGCCGUUUCGCCUUCUCGAACUUCCUGAAGAGCUGCUGACUUUGCUGACUUCAGAGAAUCCUCCAAAGAUCUCAUUCAAAUCACCCCUGCCAUCACCCGCAAUAUCCUCGGGGUCUGGCCCGUCCGUGAACCAAGGAACGGCGACCGCGUUUGUCAACCUAUGCACUGAUACAAAGACAUACUCGCUGAGACAAGUCCACUCUUCGAAUUCGAUAUUUGUUAUGAAACCAUCCCAGCUUUUACGAGAUAAUGAAAAGAAAUAUGACAAUCCAGACACGGACACUGCUGGUGCAGUUACACUGAUUUCCUUGUGUAAAUCAACUUUGGAGUUGCAAAAGAUAGAAGACGGGUUUUCAGCUCUGCCAUAUUUGUCGAAGAUUCUGCAGCCAUAUGAUACUUUCGAUAUUGAAGACGAUUCUAUGGACAUUGAUGAUAUGGCUACUACCUCUCGUGUCAGCGCCACAGACCGUCACAAGGCUCUUGCAGCGAUAUUUGCUGAUGUUCCGCUAUCCGCCAAUGAAUGCCACCGGGCAUGGACAGACUUAUGUGCAUUUAUUCAUGAAGAUAAAGAAGGAGUACCAAUACCCUCCCAACCAUCGGCUGCAGCUAAAUUAGCCGCAUGGAAGAAAAUCCUGGAAGAAUCUGUCUUACAAGGCAUUGAUCUAGAAAAACAAUUUUUGGUUAAAGACGUGUGGACAUCGGCCUCUGAUGAUCCCAACGAAGAGGCCGUUGCAGGUUUUCCCAAACGUCUUAUUGAGGCCAUUGUUCGUCGUGUGAUGGAAGAUUCACCUCCCGGCAUUAGGAACCAAGUCUUCUCCGAUCUUCAAUGGGCAAGUUUGGAGAAAGAAACAACGAUAGCUUGGGUUGGAAGUGUGUAUCUGGAAGCCUUUGCUCCCAGUCCCCAGUACGCUAUCUCUCACACUGAGUUCGUAGAAAUAUGGAAGGAUUUAGUUCCUGAACGAUGGAGAAAUGAAAUCACAAUUGAUUUAAUAAAGGCAAGUCAUGUUAUUUGUCAAUCCCCCUUUGUUCUACACGGCCUAACCGGCAAAUUUGAAUAA